AUGGGUAAAAGGAAGUCUAGGACGAAUCCAGCUCUGAAAAAGAGAAUGGAGAAGCUUGACACUGUUUUCAGUUGUCCUUUCUGCGACCAUGGGAGCAGCGGGGAAUGUCGCAUUGACAUGAAGAAUUUGAUUGGCGAGGUGGUGUGCCGGAUAUGUCAAGAGAACUUUAGCACAACUGCAACAGAUAUAGUGAAUGGAUUGAUGAAUGCGAACGGGUCAACAACCUUGGCAAUGACGGUGCUUAGGAGGGCAGGCUAG